GAUACCCUUGCCAUGAGCCCUGUGAACUACAAUCCAAAUACCGUGUAUGUCAUGCAGUCUCCUCACAUGGCUUUGUUUCAGCAAGAUACUGCAAUGUGUGUGCAUGUAAACUUGGCACCGUCAAACAGCUACUGCAUGAAGAGCUUGCCAUUUCAUCCCCAGACAACACACCUUUACGAACACCAACAUUGGCCAGUACCACAAAUCCCUGAAACAUGCUAUGAAAUCUACCCUGAAAGUUUGACCUUCAACCAACCUGCUGAAAGCUAUGAUCUUCGUCCAUAUUUUCCUGUUACACCAUUUCUUCCAGUUGGCAUUCAAGAAGAAGAUGAUUUUCAAGGUUUCCCUCUGAAUGCCGAAAAUGACUCUAUGCCUGAAGAUUUCAUGAUGUACACCGCAGAAAACGGCUCAUUUUUUAUUGAAAAUAAGCUUUCGGAAAUCUCUGCAUUUGCUGACAACAACUUGUCGAAUUGGGGAUUCUCGCAUCCUUUGGGACAUGUGCUAAAGAACAAACGAGGAUUGUUCGGAUGUUUCACUCUUCACUCUGGAAAGGCUUGUUAUGUAAAAUUUACGCCCUACUCAAUCAAAUUCUCGAGCAAUCAACGUGGAGUCGCAUAUGUGAUUGACGAAGCUGGCGUCCGUACUUGUUGGGAAUCCUUCAAGUCAUUCGAGGAACUGAUCUCAGAGAGAGAUCAUAAGUGGGAAAAGAUUGAUCGGCAUCAAGUAAUCAUGCAGAGACCUUGCGGCUGUGCUUCGUCGUUCUUCCAUCACAUGCCAUCCAAAGAACUGUGGAAUUCCAAGUCUGAAGAAAACAUCUGCAUCGAGCGAAACGGCCUGAGAUUCUAUUCUGCAACAAGCGAGUUAAAGAGUCUGAAACUGAAUCUCGAUUUGGAAACACAUCAGCUAACUUCAACCCUCAAACACGUCGGCGAGCAAGAUGGUCAUAUCUACGUCAAAAGCUGCCAGUAUCGAUUCAACCAGAGCGUCCAUUUCAACGGUAAAUCACUUCAAGUGAAGUUUCAUACUCAGACGGCUCGUUUAGAUAGUAAUGGGAAAUUGUCGCUGAGCAAACAUUAAGUCGAGGGAAGGAGGGGGUUGACGUUUGCAUUACUCGAGGUAGACUGAUAGCAAAAUUCUCUUGUUAAAACUCUUUUUUGGAUUGAUUUUCUAAAGCAUCACUGUAUAAAUCCGACAACUAUUUAUUCCCCCGUCGUACCUAAGCGUUCCCUAUUCCUCUUGGUUAUUCAUUGAGGCUGCAUUUUCUGCAAUUUUGCCAGGUAGUUUAUGAAUCCCCAUUCCCCAGUAUGAUAUAUUGAAGAUUUUCGGUUAGAUGUUCUGGUUAAACUGUUUGACCUUGCACGUAUUCAACGUUGCUCAAAAUUAAUUCCCUGUGAUAACAUGUUACCGAUUUUCAAUAUACAAACGACAAUUCAAAAA